UCCUCGAGUAGAAACCUGUUGCCAGCUACCCCUUACUGAGGUGAGCCUGUGGCGCAUGCGCGGUGCGGGCUCUCUGACCUUCAGCAGCCGGGCCGGGCGGGCAGCUCGUGAAGGAGGCUGAAGAGGCCGCAGCAGCAGGAGAAGGAGGCCGCCCGCCGUUGGAGUCAGGAUGCUGUCCCGAGGAGCCGUCGUGGCCGGCGGCGCCCUGCUCUCCCAGCCGCAGUGGGUCCAAGUUAGGAAUAUGGCAACAUUGAAAGACAUUACCCGACGCUUGAAGUCCAUCAAGAACAUCCAGAAGAUCACCAAGUCCAUGAAGAUGGUUGCUGCGGCGAAGUAUUCUCGUGCAGAGCGAGAGUUAAAGCCUGCCAGGGUUUAUGGAGUGGGGUCAUUAGCACUCUAUGAGAAAACAGAAAUCAAGCCAGCUGAGGAUAAGAAGAAAUACCUCAUCAUUGGGGUGUCCUCUGACCGUGGUCUUUGUGGUGCUAUCCAUACCUCUGUUGCGAAAAACAUCAAGAGUCAGAUCAGUAGUCUCUCAGAUGCAGGCAAGGAGGUCAUGGUGAUUGGAGUGGGCGACAAGCUGAGAGGUAUCCUUCAAAGGACACACAGCAAGAACUUCCUGCUGAACUUUAAAGAAGUGGGAAGGAAGCCCCCCACCUUCGGAGAUGCCUCAAUCAUUGCUUUGGAGCUCUUGAAUUCUGGAUAUGAGUUUGAUGAAGGCGCUGUCAUCUACAACCGGUUCAGAUCUGUCAUCUCCUACAAGACAGAUGAGAAACCAAUCUAUUCUCUUGAGACAGUUGCAGGUGCUGAAAGCAUUAGUAUCUAUGAUGACAUUGAUGCAGAUGUUCUGCGAAACUAUCAGGAAUACACGCUGGCCAACAUCAUCUUCUACUCAAUGAAGGAGUCUACCACUAGUGAGCAGAGUGCUAGAAUGACCGCCAUGGACAAUGCCAGCAAAAAUGCUUCUGAGAUGAUUGACAAGCUGACGCUGACGUUCAACCGCACUCGCCAGGCUGUCAUCACCAAGGAGCUUAUUGAGAUCAUCUCUGGUGCUGCUGCUUUGAAGUAGAGGCUAAUCAGGAGUGAAUUUCAUCCAAAGUCAACAGGUAAAGAAGAGGAGCUGUUCUGGCAAGCAGUCUGUUCCACUUCCUUUCCAUAGAGACAGAAUGGUUGGUCCGUUGUCCUGUGAAGAAUGUUCAGGAAAACACCCCCGACUGUUUGUAAAUCUUAUUACAAUAAAAGUCCUACGUGAAA